AUGAGAAUUUUCUCUCAAUUUUUCUUUCUUUCAGUCAUUGCCAUUUGGUUCAUAUCUCUUACAGCUUUUGGAGCUAAAACUAUUCACCCUGAGGAAAAGAAAGCUCUUGAAGACAUAGCUAAAUCACUUGGAAAGAAGGAUUGGAACUUCGAUAUUGAUCCAUGCAGCAACAAACCUAAUUGGGUUACACCUCCCAUACCUCAUAUCUAUGAUAACAAUGUCACCUGUGAUUGCUCUGUUGCCGAUGAUAACUUUUGUCAUGUUAUUUGGAUAAGUUUGAAAGGGCAAAAUCUCCAAGGCACUCUACCAGCAGAAUUGAGCAGGUUGCGUUACCUUCAAAUGAUCGACCUCGCACGUAAUAACUUGAAUGGUACAAUUCCUAAAGAAUGGGGCUCCUUGACGAAUAUUAGUAAAUUGGCUCUUCUCAGCAAUCGAUUAACUGGUUCAAUACCGGUGGAGAUCGCAAACAUAUCUAACCUUCAAGUAUUGGAGUUACACAACAAUCAAUUGUCUGGAAAUCUACCUCCUGAGCUUGGUUAUCUAACUCAAAUUCAAAUAAUGCGACUUUUCUCUAACAACUUCACCGGAGAACUACCAGUUACAUUCGGCAAGCUCACUACAUUGCUAGAUUUCCGAAUCGAUGACAAUCAAUUCACCGGAAGGAUACCAGAUUAUAUUCAGAACUGGACAAGUAUUAAUAACCUAAUGAUUCAAGGAAGUGGAUUAAGUGCGCCGAUUCCUUCUGGAAUUUCACUUUUGAAAAACUUAACUGACUUGAGAAUUAGUGAUUUGAAUGGAUCUGAAUAUGCCCCUUUUCCACAGCUGAAUAAUCACACAUUGUUAAAAAGAUUGGUUCUGAGGAAUUGCAACAUCAACGGAACACUACCUGAAUAUCUUGGGACUAUGACAAAAUUACAACUCUUGGAUCUCAGCUUUAACAAAUUAAGUGGAACAAUUCCAAAGUCCUACGCUCACAUGAUCGCCGCGAAUUACAUAUUUUUAACCGGAAACCUUCUCAGCGGACAAGUGCCUGCAUUACCAAAUAAAACAAACUUAGACAUAGAUCUUUCAUACAAUAACUUCAGCAUCAUCCAAAGGAGUCAAAUAUGCCAAAAUGAAAAUGUGAAUUUAUUUUCUCCCUCAUGGGCACGCAAUAACAUAGGAUUAAAUUCGUGUUUGAGCUUUACUUGUCCCAAGACCUCAAACUCUCUUUACAUAAAUUGUGGUGGAAAUCAAGUAAUAGUCAAUGGAAAAAGUUACGAAGAUGAUUCAGGUUCAGGUGGACCAGCGAGAUUCCAUGCAUAUCCAACAGGAAAUUGGGCAUUUAGCACCACUGGUGCAUUCCUUGGAAGUGAAGAAGUUGAAGACACUUAUGCUCCGCGCAAUAUCUCUAAACUUACAAUGGAAGAUGCCGAAUUAUACACACGUGCUCGUGUUGCUCCUAUUUCUUUGACUUAUUAUGGAUAUUGUCUGCAAAAUGGUAGUUACACAGUAAAUCUACAUUUUGCUGAAAUAAUGAUCCCAGAUGAUCAAACUUAUGGUAGUCUCGGAAGGCGUGUAUUUGAUAUCUACAUCCAGGGAGAGUUGGUGCAAAAGGACUUCAAUAUUGCAAAAGAAGCCGGAGGAGUAGGCAAGAAAAUCAUAAAACAAUUCAAUAAUGUUGUUGUUACUAGUAAUACUCUCGAGAUCCGUUUGUAUUGUGCUGGUAAAGGGACACAGAAUCUCCCAACUAGUUCUGUGUAUGGCCCUCUUAUAUCUGCUAUAACAGUCGAAUUAUCUGGUAAAUAA